AUGGUGAAAGGAUCUAUUCAUAAGCCCAGAGCACCGGCAGACUGUCUCAGCUUCCGUGUGGCUCUCUCGUCUCCGGCUCCACAUCUCUUAUCCUUGCCUCCUUUCUCCACCAGUGGAUUUCUCACCGCUGCCUUGUGCAACAUCGCCAAAAUGUCUGACAAGCCCGACAUGACUGAGAUCGCCCGUUUCGACAAGACCAAGCUCAAGAAGACCGAGACAAAAGAGAAAAACCCUCUGCCUACCAAAGAGACCAUUGAGCAGGAGAGGAAAGGCGAUGCCACACCUUGA